AUGAAUGCCCAAAGGAAAGAUUGGGCAAUGAAGCUUGAUAAUGCAUUAUGGUCAUACAUGACCGCUUAUAAGACACCAAUAGGGACUUCUCCAUAUCACUUGGUGUUUGGUAAAGCGUGUCACCUUCUAGUUGAAUUAGAACAUCAGGCGUACUGGACAAUGAAGAAGUUGAACCUGGACCUAGAACUAGCAGGGAGAAAGAGGAUGGGCCAGCUACAUAAAUUGGAGGAAUUCAGACUCCAUGCUUAUGAAAAUGCUAAGCUCUAUAAGGAGAAGACUAAACGAUGGCAUGAUAAGCAUAUUGUGCCUCGAUUUUUGAGCCUGGGCAAAAGGUUACCAUGUCUAGCACAGAAAGGUCGGGAAAAGCGGUGGCGUCUAGCAGCCGUGAAAGAGUAA